GCCGCACACCCGUGGCUACCGUAGCGCCCAUGGUACCUCUCAGCGGUGCCCCGCCCGACGACGCCGACGCCUCUCGCAUGCGCCCUCCAUCCGCUGGAGACAAGAAGAUGGCGGGCACCACUCAGCCGCAGAGCAAACACAGCCGGACUCCUGCCGCAGCCACGGCGCCCGUGGCUGCUCCACCCUCUGCCUCGUCAGAUGCGACCGUCGCUUGUCGCACGGCCACGCCAACCACUGGAGACGGUAAGACGGUCGCCUCCAUUCAGCCACACACCAAACAGGAUCAGACACGUGUUGCAGCAGUGGCGCCCACGGCUCCUCAGCCUACUCCUCCAUAUGAUGACGCCGUCGCCUCUCGCAUGCGCCCGCCAGCCGCUGGAGACAAGAAGAAGACGUCCGUCUCUCAGCCGCAGAGCAAACACAGCCGGACUCCUGCCGGAGCCGCGGCGCCCGUGGCUGCUCCACACUCUGACCCAUCUGACGCGGCCGUCCCUUGUCUUACUCCCCCUCCAUCCGCUGGAGACAAGAAGAAGGCGGGCACCACUCAGCCGCAGAGCAAACACAGCCGGACUCCUGCCGCAGCCGCGGCGCCCGUGGCUGCUCCACCCUCUGCCUCGUCUGAUGCGACCGCCGCUUGUCGCACGCCGACGCCAGCCGCUCCAGACAGCAAGACAGCCGCCACCACUCAGCCACACAGCCAACACGACCAGACACGUGUUGCAGCUGUGGCGCCCACGGCUCCUCAGCCCACUCCUCCAUACGAUGACGCCGUCGCCUCUCGCAUGCGCCCGCCAGCUGCUGGAGACAAGAAGAAGACGGCCGCCACUCAUACGCAGAGCAAACACAGCCGGACUGCUGCCGCAGCUGCGGCGCCCGUGGUUGCUCCCCCCUAUAGCCCGUCUGAUACUGCCGUCGCUUGUCUUACCCCCAGACCGGCCUCUGGAGACAGCAGGACGGCCACCACCACCAUCAGCACCACCAGCAGCACCACCAGUACCACCAUCUCUACCACCAGCACCACCAGUCUGCCUAACGGCGACCGCGGCGACCCCUGCCCAACUGCUGCUGGAGCUGCGCCCCUCACGACUCCACGCUCCUCUCCUCCUGUGGAUGGUGCUGCCGUCUCUCGCCUACGGAGACUUUCUGGUGAAGAGAAGGGCAGGAGGCUGAUCGAGGCGGCUAAAGUGGGGGCACAGACAGACGUGCAGACGUUGCUGGCGGCAGGAGCAGACCUCGAGGUGAGGGACAGUGACGGGUACACCGCCCUGCACUGGGCAGCGGACAGGGGGCACGUCGAUGUGGCGAUGUGUCUGCUGGAGGGUGGCGCCGAGGUGGACGCCACCAACGACAGUCGGACCACGCCCCUGCACAGGGCUGCACAGAGUGGCCACGCCACCGUGGUGCGGCUGCUGGUGGCGUCCUCCGCCCGCACCGAUGCCAGGAACCGGUGGGGGUGGACGCCGCUGCACUGGGCGGCAGUGCGUGGCCACACGGAGGCGGCGGCGGCGCUGCUGGAGGCGGGCGCCGACAGGACAGCUAAGACUGACGAACUGUACACACCGCUUGACUUCGCCAGGCAUAAGCACCAUCAACAUCUGAUAAGCAUGCUAAGAUAACCCAUCAAUGCAUUACGUUUUCCUGGAGGAAAACGAAUGGAGUUUCAGUAGAUGAAUUUUCUGUAUUUUUAAAAUAAAGAGUAUG